CCUUCUAACCGAUUAAUUGUCCCAACCAAGCGAGUUGAGAAGAAAUCUGGAACUAGUAUCAUAGCUAGAUUUGGUGAUAACUCUGAUAGCACGAUUUUGAAGUUUUUGAAGUUUCUCACUAAGCUGUUGGGUCAAGCCAUCCCAUACAGCGCUGCAAUAAUCGAAGUGUGGCUCGAUGAGACCUUUGUAUAUUUUAAUUGCAGUGUGCAUUGAAAAAAACUGGCCUGACCCGCUUAAGAGCACCGAUACCAGAGGAUAAUUUUUUAGAGAUUUCAUGAAUGUGGGCCUUCCACGAGAAAUUUUCAUCAAUGAUAAGCCCGAGAGAUUUGCUUUGAUUGCUUUGGUUUAUUGGGAUGCCGUCUAUAUGAAUGUUCAUUGUGUAGUCAUUUAAGGACUGUAGAAGACCAAAGCGAUGCUCGCUACCGGUAAAUGGAUCGAGAAAAGAAUGAAUAACCAGCAGUUGCAAGUUAAAAUUAAAUGCCACCGAACUUAAACAAGUGAGCACACAAAAACUUCUAGGUGUCACAAUUGAUCAGAAACUCUCUUUUGAUGACCAUGUUGACGAACUCUGUAAAAAGCUCUGUCAACGAAUUGCCGUGCUGGGAAAGAUUAAGUGAUUUCUUCCUUUGGAACAGAGGAAAGCGGUUUACAACGCCAACAUGAUAAAGCAAACAAUGCUGUAUGCCUCUAAUGUAUGGUCCGCGUGCUCCACUGGAAAUUUGCAGAGGAUUUUUCGUCUCCAGAAGCGAAGUGCACGCAUUAUCCUUGACGGCGACACGCGAGCAAACAGUGAUGAACUGCUCAUGAGAUUGGAUUGGCUCCCCCUGCACCUUGAGGUGAAG